UAUAAAUCUGCUAAGGUGAAUGGAGAAGUUGAAAACCAGAAAACUCAUUCUCUCAUUCUCUCAUACACUCAAAUUUCUCAUAUUUUAUCACACUAUACCAUCUUCUUCUUCUAUGUUUCUACCGAGUGUGUUCAAAGCCAGAUUUUGAGGAACCGUCUUUUCCAAUGGCCUUGAGCACCCAAAGAGCCUCUGCAUCUCUUUCGGCUGAAUCGGCUCCUCCUCGAUGGAAACAUGAUGUUUUUCAGAGUUUCAGGGGUGCAGACACUCGCAGGGGUUUUAUGUCUCAUUUAGACAACGAACUGCGGUACCGGCAAACAAUUAAAACUUUCAAGGACGACCAAGACCUUGAAAUAGGAGCAACUAUUUCUCCGGAGCUGUUGACGGCAAUCGAAGAAUCACAUCUUGCCAUCAUUGUUCUCUCCCCAAAUUACGCUUCUUCCACUUGGUGCUUGGAUGAGCUCUCAAAGAUUCUUGAAUGCAUGGAAGACACCAAGAGAAUUCUGCCAAUCUUUUAUGACGUGGAUCCUUCCGAUGUACAAAACCAAAAGGGGAGAUUUGCGGAAGCAUUCACUAAGCAUGAAGAAAGGUUUACUGAAGAAGCAGAGAAGGUGAAGCGGUGGAGAGCUGCUUUAAGAAAAGUUGCCAAUCUCUCUGGCUUAGAUUCAAAGAAUUAUAAGUCGGAAGCAGAGCUUAUCAAAGAUAUUGUCAAAUGUGUGUGGAGGAAAGUGCAUCCAACAUUCAUGUUGUCAGGUUCUCCAGAAAAUUUAGUCGGAAUUGAUUUUGCACUUAAACAAUUACAUUUGCAAUUAGCUCCUGAAGAAAAUGACGUUCGCUUUAUAGGGAUAUGGGGGAUGGGCGGGGUAGGCAAAACAACCCUUGCUAAGCUAGUUUUUGAGAGAAUUUCCCAUCAUUUUGAACUUAGUUCGUUUCUAUCUGAUGUGAGUGAGGUUUCUGCAAAACAUGGUACACUAGUUGCUCUACAAAGACAACUUCUUUUCCCAAUCUUGAAGGUAGAAAAUAUUAUCCAAGUUUGGGAUGAAGAGUCGGGAAUAUUGUUCACUAAGAAAUGUUUAUGGAAUAAAAAGGUUCUUCUCAUCCUUGAUGAUGUGGAUCAAUUAAAUCAGCUAGAAAAACUGGUUGGAGAGAAAACUUGGUUUGGUGUAGGGAGUAGAAUUAUCAUCACAACUAGAAAUGAACGUCUACUAGUUCAGCAUGAUAUAGCGAUACGACAUAAGGUUGAGGUUUUAAACAAUGGACAAGCUCUUAAGCUCUUUAGUCGACACGCCUUUAAGAAAAAACAGCCUGCCGAAGGUUUUCUAAAACUGUCUCAGCGUGUCCUACAUUGUGCCAAAGGCCUUCCAUUAGCUCUUAAAACUUUGGGGUCUUUUUUGUAUUCAAGAGAUCAAGAUGCAUGGAAUAGUGUGCUGCAUAAUCUAGAGAAAAUUCCUGAUCCAACAGUUUUUCAUUCACUCAAAGUAAGUUAUGAUGGACUAGAAGAGAUGGAGAAGAAAAUUUUUCUCCAUGUUGCAUGUUUCCAUAAAGGGAAGGCUAAAGAGAAAGUAAUUGAAAUACUAGACAGUAUCUGGGACAUUUCUAGUCUUAUUGGGAUGGAUAUUCUUAUUGACAAAUCUCUCAUAACUAUUCAGAAACUCCACUUUCGUAGCAACGUUGUUGAGAUGCAUGAUUUGAUACAAGAAAUGGCAUGGGAAAUUGUUCGUCAAGAGUCUGUCGAUGAGCCUGGUAAACGCAGUUGUUUGUGGCAUCCCAACAACAUUUCUCCUGUAUUCAUGAACAAUACGGGAACAUCCGCAAUUGAAGCCAUAGUCUUACGUUUGCCGAAAUUAGAAGUGGUGCACUGGAAUUGUAAUAAAGCCUUCUCUAAGAUGCGCGAAUUGAGGCAUCUUGAAUUUGACAAUGUAAUCUUUUCUUCAGGCCCCAAAGUUCUUCCAAAUUCGUUAAGAAUUAUUCGUUGGAGCUGGUAUCUUCCCAAAUCACUCACAACAAAAUUUCACCCACGCUUCCUUGUUAAACUAGAGAUGCGUCAUAGCAAACUUUUCCAGCUUUGGGAUGGAGCAAAGGACUUCCCAAAGUUGAAAUACAUUGAUCUUAGUUACUCUGAUAAAUUGACCAGUACGCCAGAUUUCACACUCGUUCCUAAUCUUGAGGAAUUGAAGCUGAAAAUUUGUACGAAUUUAAUUGAGGUCCACACGUCUAUUGCAGUUCUCAAAAGGUUGAAACGUUUGGACCUUAGUGACUGUAAAAGUAUCAAGAGUCUCCCAAGUAAAGUGGAAAUGGAUUCUCUUGAAUAUUUCAGUCUUUGGGGCUGCUCAAAAGUGAAAAGGCUUCCAGAAUUUGAGGGACAUAUGAAAAAUUUGUUCAAGCUCAUUUUAAAAGGUACUGCUGUUGAGAAAAUUCCUUCAUCAAUUGAAGGUCUGGUUGGCCUCGCUAUAUUAUACUCUGGGGGGCCCUUAUACAAAAAUCCCCAAAGUCCCGAAGGUCUCUCUGGUCAAAUACUUUAUAUGCAAAGAUCCUCAAAACUUGUGAAACUGCCAGGGGUGUUGGAGUGUUUAGAGGAGCUUGAAUUAAGUGAAAGUGCUAUGAGAGAGCUGCUUGUUGUUAUGAAAAAUACCAAAUAUCUAUCCCUUCUUCGAUCAUCAACUUCAAAGGAUGGCAGUGCGUGGUUUAGAAUUAGAAAGAGUCACCCUGACCCUGCACCUGACCCUUUGGGUUUGGUGUUGUCUUCUCUAAAUCGUUUAUGCUCUUUGACAAGUUUAGAACUAAGUGAUUGUAAUAUUGGUGAAGGAGUCAUUCCUGAUUAUAUUGGCUGCUGCUUUUAUUCUUUAGAACAUUUAAUACUUAGUGGAAACAACUUCGUUAGCCUUCCCGCGAGCAUUAGAUUCCUUUCUAAGCUUUGUUAUCUUGAUUUGAGUUUGUGCGAAAGGCUUCAGCAAGUGCCAGAUCUCCCGUCAAGCGAAUUCUUAUACGUAAAUGUAAAUGAUUGUACUUCCUUGAAGAGGUUGUCAGAUCCAUCAAAUUUGAGGGGAGCCAAUAUGUAUGAUUUUAUUUUCAAUUGUCUAAAUUGCUUGAGAUUGGUUGAAGAAGAAGGCUGGAUUAAUAGAAUAUUUGCAAUGAUAAUGAGAUUGGCCCUUAACUCUGAGAUAAUCCGUCCAAGAAGUGAAGGUAAGUGUAUUGUAUGGCCUGGAAGUGAAAUUCCAGAGUGGUUCAGUAAUCGAAGUAUGGGAGAUUCAAUAACUGUGGAGCUGCCUGUACCUUCACCUCCACAAUCAUCAUGUAGCAGCGACUGGCUUGGGAUUGCUUUAUGUGUUGUUUUUGAAGAUUCUGAGUACUUGGAAAAUCCAGCCGCCCUUGUUGGAUAUGAUUAUUUCCAAAUUAAAUGUUUUCCGAUUGAGUCUGAGAUUUUCAGAGUGGGGUAUCUUAGGUCACAACACCUUUGGGUUUUCUAUUUGCCUCGCAGUCAUCGUAGCCUCUGGAAUGCCUCAAGCAGUCAUCGGUUUUCAUUCGAAGCGCAUUAUGUUCGACUUGAAUCUUUGUUUAACAAAAUGGGGAGCAACAUGCUCAAAACAAGCUCGAAUAUAAAGGAAUGUGGGGCACGUUUGGUGUACAAGAGAGAUUUGGAAGAAUUCAGCGGAAUACUGAAAAUCCCCAAGAGAAACCAGUUCUGGCGACAAAAAUUCUGCCGAAAAAGAUUUUUUCGUUUUGCCGAGACAAAAAUUUUCAGUUUGUUGCCAGAGGCAGGCCCAGUUGGUAGUGGACUGUGGAAGUGGUAUGAUGACAAAAGGUAUGCAGGAAGUGAGCACGCUGAUGAGGCCGAUAAACCAGGAAGCGAUAGCUGUGAUGACAACCAUGAUCCAUGAAGUGGUAGUGUUGAUUUUGGUAUAAAAACGUUUAUGCAGAGGAGGAAAGGAAAAAACCAGAGAGUAUAUGAAUGUUCAGUAUUCUUCUCUAUUCAAGACUGAGCAAAGCAUGCUCAAAUACAUGACAUAUGCUGCCAAAACCAGGAUCCUAAAUUUUAGGAUACAAGGACUCAUCUCCUACCAUUCAUAAUGAUUGGAGGCUACGAUUCUUACACCUAGGCUAGAAUCUGUUAUCACAGUACAGCUUAGAAAAAGACAAAAAAGACAGCUGUAGGAAUUAUCCCAAAUUAGAAUAGAGCAGAUACCGGCUACUUCCUAGAAAGGAAGGUUCUUCAUUUCUUCAAUCUUCUCAGCACUAAUCUGCAGGAUUGUCAUCUGCAGUUUGUAUUAAGCUCAGUAAGUAGCUUAACUCUCAACAGGUAGCUCUGAUGACGACAAUGAACCAGGAAGUGAUAGCUCUGAUGACGACAAUGAACCAAUCAGCAAAAGAUUCAAGAAAGUCUAAAUUAUUUUGUGCUUGGUUCAAUCAUUCAAUGAGGUCUCAAACUAAGACUAUCUAUCCAGAGUUUCUGCCACAGUGCUGAUGAUUUUAAGGGCAUUAUUUGCUGUUUGCUUGAAUCUUUAAUAGGUGGAGGCUGCUCUUCUUGCUCAAAAGUCUCUUCUUUUACUGCUUGUUCAGUUCUCUUCACUAGCUGAUGAGGAACUUUUCUGCUUGCUUUCAGUGGAGAUUUCUGUGAAAACUCAGUGAGAACAUAUCAGAGGAGAGAACGACAUUCUGGUGCGACUGCAUUUCAGGUUUUCACACAAUCGCAGCAACAACUCCUCUGGCAAAAGACACGAACGACUCAAGACUUCUGCUCUCUCUCAUAAACUAUUUCAGCUCUCUCUUUAUGAUGAGAUUAGGUUUAGAGAAUGUGUCUGGCAAGAGCAGAGUCUUAAGCUUAUAUAGGGCUAGGUCAAGUCAUCUCUACUCAUCACCAAGGGCCAACUUGACUAACACUCUAAGCCCAUCAAGCAACGGUUCACGCAAAAGGAAAUAAAUAGGACUCCUUUAAUUGGCUUCAAAACUUUCCUUAUUUCACAAGGUUUUGGGAUAUAACUUAGUAUCUAGUGCACCGAUCUAAAUAUGAAUAUAACAUUCUCCCAUUAGAUCAAGCACUAAGCUUUUGUAUUGCAAAUGUUUGAUAAUCUUUAUUGGCCAUGAGUUUAAAACA